UUGGCAAGGCGUAGGCUGACAUCUUCCUACUCCGAAUCAAACUUAACCAAAACUCGCCGAAUCAGUUACCACACCCAUUUGUAAUUUGUCAAAGUUUGCAUGGAGGUGAUGUGGGUUAUACAGCAAUAUUGAUUUGAAGUUUUUCAAUAUACUCAGUUUAUUUUGUAAAAGUAUAGUCUUGACUGGAAAGAUUCGUCACAGACCGCAAUCAUAUGCUAAUGCGUCGCUCGGGUAACACCGACGUUUAUCGAGUGUCGUCACAUAGAGUGUACCUGUGCGCAGGCUUGUACCAAUUGUAAGCCAUUCGCACUGACGUACUUCAUCCCAGCGACUACCGGACCACUUCUGUCACCAGCCUAUUCUAUAAAAUCCUCGUCUCGGAGCGAAAGGUUUCCCAGUCUGAAGCAUUUGAUUCGGAAUUUUAGAGCGUGUAUUAGGCAACCAUGGUUGGGGAGGAGAACCGUGUCUUUCAGGUCUGGGAUUACGUGGUCUUCGGUCUGAUGCUCGCCAUAUCGGUCUUUAUCGGACUCUACUACGGCUGCACGGGUGGCAAACAGAAGACGACCAGCGAGUUCCUACUGGCAGACCGGAGCAUGAACCCCAUCCCCGUGGCCAUGUCUCUAGUAGCUAGCUUCAUCUCAGCUAUCACCGUGCUGGGUACACCUGCCGAGACUUACAUCUAUGGUACCAUGUUCUGGUGGUUUGGGUUGGCCUACAUCGGGACCGGUAUAGCCGUGACGAGGCUCUUCCUGCCCGUAUUCUACCGGUUGGGAGUGACCAGUGCAAACGAGUAUCUGGAAAAGCGUUUCAACAAGGUUGUUCGUGUUGCAGGAACGCUGACGUAUUUCAUCCAAAUGGUUCUGUACCUGGGUAUUGUCAUCUACGCUCCAGCACUGGCAUUCAACGCAGUGACUGGAAUUAACCUGUGGGGAUGCGUCGUUGCUAUCGGUGUGGCCUGUACAUUCUAUACCACCGUUGGUGGCAUGAAGGCGGUACUUUGGACCGACGUCUUUCAAAUGUGCGUCAUGAUGGCGGGUUUCCUCGCCAUCAUCAUCGAAGGCUCUCUGCGUCUUGGUGGCUUCCAGCAAGUCUGGAAGAUCGCUGAAGAGGGAGAAAGGAUUGACUUCUGGCAUUUUUCGCCAGACCCGAGUAUCAGACACUCGUUUUGGUCGAUCGUGGUCGGCGGGUGCUUCACAUGGACAGCAACCUACGGUGUGAAUCAAUCGCAGGUCCAGCGGUACCUGACUGUUGGAAACGUGAAAAAGUCCAAAAUCUCUCUAUAUCUUGCCACUGUCGGCAUGGUGAUCGUUGUGUCUUGUGCCUGCUCAGCAGGCGUGGUGAUGUAUGCCUACUUCGCCACCAUGCGGUGCGAUCCGUACACUGGCUUAGCAGAUCAAGUCAAACAAACCGAUCAGCUGAUACCGUUCUUUGUGAUGGAACUAUUCGGUGGUUUGCCAGGCCUGCCGGGGCUGUUCACAUCUUCUGUCUUCAGCGCAGCCUUGAGCACUGUUUCUUCGGGACUUAACUCUUUGGCAGCGGUGACGGCUGAGGACCUCGUCAGGCCUUGCUUCAAGAAGAUGGAGGAGGAGCGAUAUACGCUGGUGACUAAAGGAAUAGCUAUGGGGUUUGGCCUGCUGAGUAUGCUGGUUGCGUACAUCGUGUCUCUCCUUAAUAAAGGCAUCCUCCAGUUGGCCCUGAGCCUCUUUGGUAUGACUGGAGGACCGCUGAUGGGAGUCUUCAGCCUGGGAAUGUUCUUUCCUUGGGCCAACUCUAAGGGUGCCUUUACUGGACUGAUUGUCGGGCUGGCCAUGGCCUUCUGGGUCGGUAUAGGAGCUCAGAUUUACCCACCCGACGUCUAUAAACCUCCGUUGCUUGUCGACGGCUGCUUCUCACCGAACGUUAGUACCACUUCCACCUACGAUGCUACGGGUUUUACGGACAUGGCACAUCUGACAACGCUGUUGCCUACUGAGGAACCAGCAAAGCCACGAAUUGCUGCCUUAUACACUCUCUCGUACUCGUGGUACAGCUGCACCUUCUGGCUAAUCACCGUCUUUGUCGGACUGCUCGUCAGCUUUAUGACAGGUGCCAACAAACCACGUGAUAACGACCCGAUGCUGAAGCAGCACAUCGCCGAUGCUUGCUACUGCUGCUUGCCCGAGUUCAUUAAGAGGCCUAUGCGAUGUGGUGACGACAAACUGGAUUACUACGAGGACGAUGAUGUCAAAGAUAAAGACGCGUCACUCUACGUGAAAGAGGUUGAAGCCAAGAGAGGGUACGACUUCCAGAUCUCAGAAUCCAACGGCGUGGGGGCGCUGUCCAAUAUGAAGUACAUACCGGAUGUGAGGGAUGCGGAAGAAAACGUGUAUGACAACCCUAUGGAGCUGGAGCACCCCGUCACGGAAUUGUAGACAGACUAAUCAUUCGAUUUAUGUAUAUUAGGUCCUCAAGCGGUGAAAAAAAAUCUGAGAAAUCUCGAGACCUGACGAUAAGUGCUUUAUUAUAUCAAACCUUAAUAAGGGGGCAUCGGUAAGAUGUUAGUUUUUAUGAGAAGACAAUCACUUAACUUUUGUCAUCUAUCACGCUGUCCUAAUCUCGAUACCUAUUUUAUGUCGUGUUCAUAAGUAUACUCAGGAGUCACUUUAAUAUGCUUGAAAUAAUUACAAACUUUUUUUGAGUGUUUAAGUUUUAAAGAUGGCCUUUGUAUGAAUUAUAUUUCCUAGAAAAAAUCCUUGGCACUGAGUAAGAAAUAGUCUGCACAAUUUAGUCUUUCAAUUGAGCUCAAAGAAAUUUUAUUUUCUCAAUAAUGACAAACUCUCCUUGGUAAUAACUUGCCCAGAGUUCUUUUAAACACGUUGAAAUAGUAAUAGUAAAAUACUUAAUUUUCUUUUAAAAUCUAUAUAAAUUUAAAACUCUGACUAGAUGUUGGAAUUAAUUAUUGUGUACACAAUUUCGAUGAAGUCUUAAUCUAUUCUUACAAUCAUUGUUUAAAUUAGUGGUUGAAAUAAUGGACGUUUUAAGUAUUUUUUAAAACUCUAAUUUUUACUAAUAUUCAGAUACUUCAGCAGAUAUGCGUGAUCAUUGCAAAUCAAUUUAAUACAAUGUAUCGUGCAUGAAUAUUAACUUGACAAAAUGAAAACUUUUAAUCCCUGAAAAUCGUUACAAUGACUACAGAGCUGUGAAGCCGUUGUCCAAGCCAUUUUCAUUGGUGCCAGGUUGCUCAGUGGCAACCGUCGCUAUAUGGCAACCUCAUCGUUGUCGAAGUUGUGAUUGGUCAGUCCGGGCUUGACCUCUUUAAUCUCGAUCAUCUCUGCCUCUUCGUCUUUCUCUUUGUAAAUCUACAAAUAACAAAGACGAUUUGUGUUACCUUU